AUGGAUUUGAAACCCGACAAUAUACUACUAGACAACGAUAUGGUGCCGAAAAUCACAGAUUUUGGUUUAUCGAGACUUGAUGAGAAGUCAAAAACCAUGAGUGAGGAACGUCAUGGAUCAAUAGGAUACUGUGCUCCAGAAUACCUACAUAAGGGAAAGAUGUCAUUCAAAUCAGACAUGUACAGUUUGGGCAUUAUAAUCAUCGAAUUAGUGACAGGAGAAAAGGAAAUCCGCAGUGAUAAUAACAAUGUACUUAGGAGAUGGAGGCAUAGAUGGAAGAAAACAGGGAAGGAAACACCACUGGCUUACCAACAAGUAGCAAAAUGCCUUGAAAUUGGGUUACUCUGCCACGAAAUCGAGCCAACCAAACGGCCUUAUAUCUGGCAUAUGAUACAUGUUAUAAGAGAAAUUGAAGGUGCUAAUGGAAAACUCAGCAAUGCCUAUGAACAUGCAUUUGGACAGAUAAGCCCUUACUCGGAGGAUGAUAUGCUUGGAAUUGAGCCACUCCAACUACAUUUUCCGUUUGAGCUUAACAAACAGAUGUCAUGCACACUUAAGUUAACCAAUGGGAUGGACUCUUACAUUGCCUUCAACAUCGAAAAUACGAGCCCCUUGCCAUACUGCACACAACCACAGAAAGGCAUUAUGCCGCCAAGAUCCAAGUGUAAUGUUGAAAUAACCCUGCAGUUGCAGGGCAAUGCACCGGGAUAUAUGCAUCGUUCCAAUGAACUUGUUGUGUGGAGCACCAACGUGAAUGAUUGCCUUGCAGUUGAGGAUAUAACAACAAAUAUGUUCACUAAUGAGGUGGUCAAUGUGGUUGAUGACGUGAAUUUGGAUGUGGUUUUUUACGUCAGUGAGCCACAAGAAGCAAGUGAGGAAACCAGUUGGACAAUCCAACCUUUACUGCUGUUUGGUCAGAUUACAGAUGCUGCAGUCGAUGGGUUCCACUGUAUGGAUGCACAUCAGACAGAGCCUUUGAUUGUCACCGGUCACCGAUUUGGUCAUGUCCAGAUUUGGAAGUCUGACACGCAGAAAGUGGUUGCUUCUAUUAAGGUCUCAGAGAGAGGAGUAUCCUUUGUUAAACUUAUUGCACGAAAGCGGUGGAUUGUGGUUGUGUCAGAUGAUUGUUUACUCCAUGUGUACAAGUAUGAAAAGGAACUGGAAAAGGUCACGAGUUUCAAAGCCCACGAUUCUCUUGCGAGGCCACGGUGUUCAUUAGAUGUUCAUCCGACCCAGCCGUAUGUGCUGUCAGGAUGGCGUGAGAAAAUAAAGCUUUGGGACUGGGACCAGGACUGGAAUUGCAUACAGACAUUUGAAGAACACUCAUAUGAUAUUCGUGAACUAAAAUUUAACCCAGAGGACAGCAACAGUUUUGCAAGUGCUUCAGAUGAUUGUACAGUAAAGGUUUGGAGUAUUGAUUCUCCCAAAUCCAAGUAUACUCUCUCUGGGCAUUCGGAAAGCGUGCUUUGCGUGGAUUUCUUCAAGCGUGAUGGUCAGCAGUAUUUGAUUAGUGGCUCUCGUGACAAUACUACCAAGAUAUGGGACUUGCAGAAGGAGUGUCUUCAUACACUCGAACAUGAGUCUACAGUCUUUUCCGUCUUUGCCCAUCCCAGUCUUCCAGUUCUAAUUACAGGUUGUCAUGAUGAUGUUGUUCGUGUGUGGAGCUCCACUGACUUCAGGCUGAAGACAAAGCUUAAGGUCUUUAGCCUGGUUCGUGGCUUCGCAUGUUUGAUGGGGUCAGAAAGGGUUGCAGUUGCACACUAUCAUGGAGUGUCGAUGAUGGAAAUUGAUGAUGAAGAAGGACAAGGUGAGAGUGAAGGUAGCAACGACAAUUCCAUAUUAGUGGCAGAGUUGGAGAUGAACAGUAUUGCUGGAAGCACAACCAGCCAACACACUCAGAAAUAUGGACAUAUCAGACCAUGA